AACAUAAAUAAAAAAAAACUUAUUGUCAAUGCAUUUAAUGAUACUGAAAUAAUUCAUUUCAUGAAAUUGAGAGAAAAUCCUACUUCAAUCUUAAUUUUCAUGUACAGAUAGAAACGGAAUGAGGAGAUUAAGUUUGUCUUGCAAAUGUUAAGAGCUGUAUAGAAUACCAAUCGAUACCUACAUAUUCAUAAUGGCAGAAAGUGAUAAUCUCAUUCCUUCCAAUAAUCCCCCUGGCGAGGCCGCCACAGAAAACAGUGUUGUUGAAGCAAAUGGAUCUUCUGAAGAUGCUGUUGAUAUCAAUGCCCAGAUUGAUGAACAACGGCGCAGAAUGCAGCCUACAAAAAUGGAAUCAUUCUUUGCCAUCACAAAGUCAUUGAUAAUUAGAGCAUUAGUGGUUUAUUUUAUCACAUCCAUGUUCCGGCAACCAUCAGCACCUAAGACAGAUCUAAGCAACCCAACUGCUACACCUCGUGUCCCUGCCAUAAAUAUGUUUGCUAAUGGUACAGUAUUAGACAUGUAUUGUUAUGUAUCUGAAAGAGAAUUUUACUCAAACUUGGAUGAUUCAGACUUAAUUUGGAAACAUACUGGUAUUGUUUAUGGUGACUGGCAUGGAGGACCUAAUAAUGAUGGCACAUUCACCCACUCCACCAGUAUCACGCCUUCAGAUGCAUUAAAGAACAAUGGAUCAAUUUAUCUACAUGUAUUUCUGGUACAAUCUGGGAAAUCGCCUGAUUCAAAAAAUAAAAAUAAUUAUGGUGGACCUUAUAUUACCUAUGGGAAAAAGAUGCUCAAUAAGUAUAAAAAGUUAAGGUAUAUGAAGACCCAUAAUUUGCUGACUGGCCAAACCGAAAAAUCAGCUGAAGAAAUAAUCAAAGCUGAGACUCUGAAAGAAGAAAUAGUUUCUCACUGGCAUCCUAAUUUGACCAUAAAUUUGGUCACUGAUCAAACUAAUUGGAUGCAGGGGAGUGUUCCACCUCCAUUAGAUGAAUUCAUUUUCUUUUUACCAGAUGGAAAACAAUACAAGCCUGCUGUCUUCUUGAAUGAUUACUGGAAUAUGAUGCGUGAUUAUGUUCCAAUUAACAAAACUUCUGAGGUUCUCAACCUUGUGUUAACAUUCCAACCACUAAGCCUCUUUAAAUGGCAGCUAUAUACUGCUCAAGCCAUGAGGGACAAAUUAAGCAUGUUCUCUGCACUAGGGGCUGAAGAACAAGAUGAGGAACAGGAUACUGUGAAGGAAUUGCUGCUUGAUACAUCUCCAUACUUACUGGCACUUACCAUUAGUGUAUCUGUGUUACAUUCUAUAUUUGAGCUACUUGCCUUCAAAAAUGAUAUUCAGUUUUGGAAUAACAGGCAGUCACUUGAAGGUCUUUCAGUAAGAUCAGUAUUUUUCAAUGUUUUCCAGUCCACUGUGGUGUUGCUAUACGUACUUGACAAUGAAACAAAUGUCAUGGUCAGAAUAUCAUGCUUCAUUGGGCUACUCAUUGAAGUAUGGAAAAUCAAUAAAGUGAUGGAUGUAAAGAUAAACAGAGAGGACCGCAUAUUUGGGAUACCUAAGCUGAGUUUUACUGACAAAGGAUCUUAUGUGGAAUCUAGCACAAAACAGUAUGAUAUGUUAGCCUUCCGCUAUCUCAGCUGGGCUUGCUUUCCUCUCUUGAUUGGAUAUGGUGUGUACUCCUUGUUAUAUCAAGAACACAAAGGAUGGUAUUCCUUCAUCUUAAACAUGAUGUAUGGAUAUUUAUUGACUUUUGGAUUCAUCAUGAUGACACCUCAGUUGUUCAUUAAUUACAAAUUGAAGUCAGUAGCCCAUCUGCCUUGGCGUAUGAUGACAUAUAAGUUCCUCAAUACUUUCAUAGAUGAUAUCUUUGCAUUUGUGAUCAAAAUGCCAACCAUGUAUCGUUUAGGCUGUUUUAGAGAUGACAUAGUGUUCUUCAUUUUCUUAUAUCAGCGUUGGAUCUACAAGGUUGACCACAAGCGUGUCAAUGAAUUUGGGUUCUCUGGUGAGAUGGAACAACAACAAAAACAAGUUAAGAAUGGCACUCCAGCUAUCACAGAAACAGAACAACAGUCUGGAGAUAAGAAGAAUGAUUAAUAUUCAGUUUCAAUUGUAUUUUAGGUAAAGUAUUCUUCAGGAAAAUCACUCUUUAUUACUUGUUUUGAAUAUUUAUACAAAUAUCAAACUCUACAUCUGUAUGCAAAUAGUAUACCAGUACAUAGUUAUGGACAACAUGUGGCAACUAAUGCCAGUAUAAAGUCACAAUAUCUUUUCAAAGGUUUACUUUCCAAAUAAAAUACAAAUUCACUUUUAAAUUAAAUAGAAUGUCAGAAUAAGUAAUAACAAAAUAUAUAUAUUUUCCUCAUAAUUAUUUGAGGUUGCUUAUUAAAAUACCCGUUUAGAUAUUGGAUGGCAUGAUGUGAAACUUUGUUUGUGCAAAUAGGGAAAUACAUUUGAAUGUUAUAGUCAUUGUAGUAUGACAUAUGUAUGGGAAAUCAAAAUUUUAUGUAUCCUAAGCCAGAAGCUUUUGAUAAUUAUAUGUAUUUGUGUAAGUAAUAAAAUACAAAUUAAGGUAUAUUCAGAUGGAAUUAAUUUUAAUUGUAUUUUCCUUUCUGAACAAUUUAUUCAUAUUCAAUUAAAUAAUCGAUUUUAUGUUUGGCUGAAUCAUUUUCACACCACAAUGCCAUUUCAUUGUGUGUUUCCUUGUUAAUUUUGGGCAGCGUUUUCUUGUAAGCAAUAAAUCAUUUGAGUGUCUUCAUUACAUAAAAA